GCCACUUGCGUAAUCUUCCUCUCUACAACACCACCCUUCUUAGUCAGGCAUGAGCGACCACCUCUUCGUUCUUGUUCACGGGCUAUGGGGUAAACCAGGCCAUCUCUGGUGCAUCAAAGAAUCGCUCCAAGAGCGACAUCCAGCAUGUCGCAUCCUCGUCUCUGACGUCAAUGAAGGGAAUCGCACCUACGACGGCGUCGAUACAUGCGGCGAACGUAUCGCUACUGAAAUCAUGGACUUCAUCAAAGCAGCCGAUGCAGAGGAAGAAGAAACGCUUGUGAGCGCAAGUAGUAGCAGUACCCUGCGGAAUUCCAAAAUCCGCUACAUCUCCAUCGUUGGCUACUCACUCGGUGGUCUUGCGGCGCGUUAUGCGAUUGGCGUUUUGCAAGAUCGUGGAGUCUUUGAAGAAGUGACGCCUGUGUCUUUCACGACGUUUGCUACACCGCAUGUUGGUUGUUCGCCGACUGAGAAGGGCUUUUUCAGCUGGAUGGCGAUGACGUUUGGUCCUCGCGCGCUGAGUAUGACAGGCGCCCAUCUCUUCCUCUCAGACGACUACUAUACAGAUGAAGACACCAAAUUACCGUUACUACAAGUCAUGGCAGAUGAACGGUCCGUCUUCCACAAGGGUCUCAAACGAUUCCGGCAACGCCAAGCCUAUGCCAAUAUCCAAUUCGAUCGAUCCGUACCCUACUGGACUGCUGCAUUUUCAGAGCGCGAUCCAUACAGAGAUUUGGGGAAAGUACAAUUACAGCAUGAUGAAGCCUACGACAAUGUCAUGCUCGAUCCACGGGAUCCUGUACAACCACUCGGUAAAGUACAACGUCCAUUCAAUGAAAAAGAUCAGUCUGCGGGACUCGGUCCACGAGAUUAUGUAUUGCGCGUGACGCUCUUCACGCUGUUCCCACUCAUGAUUACGGUAUUCAUGGUGAAUGCCGUGGUGUUGACAUUCAAGUCACAGAACCGCAUCACGUUGCAUCGUCAAGGAAGCGAAGGCAGUCAUACCGAAGGUCGUACACGUCUCCUUGCUGGUGUUGCACAGAAUAUCGUGGAGGAAGUCUUUGACAAUGCUCCUGAAGAGGAACAAUCUACCGUUCCUGCGAGAACUGACGAGAGCGGCAUGGAUUGGGUCGCGCCCCUUGCACUGACACAGACACAACGAGACAUCAUUGGGAAUUUGUCAAAGAUGGAGUGGGAAAAGUAUCAAGUGCAUAUUCACAAGACUCAGCAUACACAUGCUGCGAUUAUUUGUCGGAUGAAGGAUACACCGAGAGUCGAGGAAGGCAAGGUUGUUAUGCGGCAUUGGCUAGAUCAUUUGCAGAUGCCGUCAAAGUAAGGAGAUCUUUGGCUUCUUUGUUCAUUAUUUCAGCCCGUAGCCCGUAGCGUGGUUUUAGAUGUUUAGCUUGCUAGCUGAUGUUUCUUUGUACAACGUCAAAUCUAUAGAAAUCAAGAGCAAGAUAGCGUCAACUGGAUACUUGGCCAG